AACCGGCUGCGGCGAACGGUGGUCGUCGAUAUUACUAUCUCGCGCGUAUUCAAUAGUAUUAGAAGGCUGGAGCGGGCGCGCAGUGGCCUGUCGGGCGAUAUAAUCCCAAUGGAAAUUGGGAACAAACUGUAAACAUGCACUUCUUGUGCCAAAGAGGAAAAAUUAAAAAAUAAAUAGAAAUUUACUCUUUUUUUUUUGGCGGGUCGAAACUUUCGCUGUAGGUCUUUUAAACGACAAAUUUAAGAAGUCUUCAGUAAACACGUGGUCCCGUUCACUGACCAAUCUCUUUUGUUAGCCGUAUUAUAAAUUUUGACAGUUCGAAGAAAAUAUUCGUGACGUGAACUUCGGAAAAACUUUUGUAUCACUUUUUACGUUUGUUUGUUGAUAAAAGUUAUAUUAAAGUGUUUUGUUGUACUGAAUUAGUCAAUUUUACGUGCAAUAACUGUGGAUUACUUAAUGUUCAUGGACACAAUUUGUAAAUACAGAUGCAUUGAUGCAGAAAAAUAAAGAUUUAGAUAACAAACAAAUGUUAAAUAUUACUUAGUUUCUUGUAUAAUAAUGAAAAACGUAGACCAGUAUAUGCGUUUUUAGAGUGACAAAAAUGUUUUUAUGUUUAUUUUUUUUUUAAAUUAUUAUUUCAAUAAUACUAUGUAAAUUUUUCAUUGAGUAAUAAGUGGCCAGUAUUUGAUUUCUUAUUAUUAGAUAUUCAUAAUUUGAUUUUAUUAUAUCUGCAAGAUGAAGACGGCUAUUUUCAUUAUAUUAUUGAAUACGAGCUACCAUUGAGGACAGGAUAAACAUCACUUCAUGGUGUCCAUGGAUGACAUAGAGGGCGCGGCUCGCCGGGAAGGCGGCGUGCGGCCCACCAGUAUGGAGGCAUGCGGCCCCCCGAUCCAGUUGGAACCAGUCGACCUGAGCCUCAAACGUCCACCGACUCCACGUAGACGACGUAACACCAGUAGCGCGAACCCUCCCCCGACGAAGUUGGUCAAGGAAAUACAGCCGACAUCAACACAACUUUUAUAUGAGGCAAGUCAUCCAGUGCCUAAAAUUAAGGAGGGUCCAGACCUCCGCAGCGCGAGGAAGCCCAAGCAACAAUCUCAUAAAAUGAAACCCGUCGAACCCCCCACCCCCCCACCGCUGCCCCCCUACCUGCCGCUGCCGUACCAGCUGCCGAAGACAGACGAGCUGAAGAAUUUCCUCUUCAACACGGCGUUACAGAACGCGUUGACCGGCUCACUGGCUCAGGUGCCAAGAAAAUGUAAAGAAGAGGAUAAUCAGAGACGAAGGUUGCAUAAGUGUGACGUGGCUGGCUGCGUGAAGGUUUACACGAAGAGUUCGCACCUCAAGGCGCACAAACGAACACACACUGAUGUUUAAAAUAGUUUAGUAUUUUUUCUUAGUUUAUAUAGUUAAUGAAACAAAAAGGUUAUUAGGGGCCAGUAUUUUUGAAAUUAUUUUCGAUGUAGGUAUAAGUUUAGUGUUGAUUAAGAUGAGAUAAAAUAUUUUAUAUUUGUUACGAAAUAAUAAAAAAAACACUAAUUUAAAAUAUGUAGAUUUGAAAAUUCGGUUGUGAAAUGCGUUUGGUAUUUUUCAUCUAGUAAUUGGUCGUGUUCUAUCAGAAAAUACUAAGUAACACAAAAAAGAAAAUGUGUUGAAAAAAUGAUUGAUCUCAAAUUUGGUAUUCUAUCAUGUUUAUUGUGAGUUUUGAUCUCAUUCUGAUUUUAAAAUAAAAAAUAUUAUAAUUAUUAGUAUUUUUACUGUAUAUUCGGAUUGUUUUCUGUUUAAGCAUCUAUCUCGAAUAGGAAAAUCAAAUAUUGAAAUGAAGAUGAAUUCAUUUUUACUUUUACACCGAUUAAGUUUAUAUAAAUUUUAAGAUUUAUUAGAAUUUAAAAAAUAAAUUAAAUCCUAAAUUAUUACAUCGGCAAUAUCACUAUAUUAAAAAUAUGUAUAUAUUUUUGAAAUUAAGUUUAAAUUUUUUACAACAAAUUCAUUUUUUGGUAUAUUUUUCUCUUCUAUAUGAAAGUUGAUUAAAGUAACAUUAAUAUAGAAUUAAUACACGAGUAGUUAUUAUAAUGUCAAGCAUUUUGGCGGCCAGUAAAAUAAUGAAAUGCAAUUUUUUUUAUUCCUAUUUUGUACGAUUUUUUAGAAUAAGUUUAAGUUUACAUACCAUAAAAUGUUAUAUGUUCUACUUAAUACAACUUGCUACUUCUUAAUAAAAUAGAUUUUUUUUUAUAUUAUCACGUUUUUAUCCUUCAUGAGGUAGACAGAGCCUAGUGUCGUAGUGAAACCGAAGGCUGCGUUUCGGUGGAUAAAUUGAGGUAAUCUGCUAGCACAUCGCCUAUGAGAGUAAUCUCCAGUAUAGAACCGUUUCCCUUGAUUUGCUUUUACAAUAUGAGCAGGAGGAGAAGCAAUUAUAUUCUACGUUUUUUCCAUAUCUAUAUUAAA